GCUUUUCAAAAUCCAAGAUCUUCUCUUUUAUCGCUUCCUUAUUUUGAAUUGAAUCCCAAUUCCAAUUCCCCCAUUUCAAAAUCGAAAACAAUAUCUUUUCCACUUCCCCUUAACCUUACAACCCCACUUUAGUUCAGUUCCAGCAGAAAACAAAACACUGUGUGACUGUGGGUGUGAUACAGAAUGGAGAGAACCAAAUCAUCGGCAAAACCUCGCCCGUCCACCGCCGAUCUGCUCACCUGGUCGGAGGUUCCCCCGCCGGAAUCUUCCCCCGUCGUCUCCGCUUCCGCCGCUCGCUCCCACCAGCCGUCCGAUAGAAUCAGCAAAGUGCUCCAGGGAGGUCAGCUCACGGAUGAAGAAGCUGAGAGCUUGUUGAAAAAGAAGAAUUGUUCAGGGUAUAAAAUGAAGGAGAUGACCGGAAGUGGAAUAUUUGCAGCUAAUGGUGAAGGGGGUACCUCGGAAGCAGAUAACAAAACAGGGCUGCGGAUGUAUCAGCAAACUUUGAACGGAGUUAGCCAAAUAUCUUUUGCUGCUGAAGAGGGGGUGUCUGCMAAAAAGCCUAGCUCAGUUCCAGAAGUGGCAAAGCAACGUGAGUUAAGUGGAACACUGCAGAGUGAAUCUGAUGCCAGGAGUAAGAAGCAGAUAUCAGAUGCAAAGAACAAGGAGCUUAGUGGACACGACAUCUUCGGAGCUCCUCCUGAAAUAACACCGAGAUCACUAGCGGCUGCUCGGAGCUUGGAGUCGAAAGAAAGCAAAGACAUGGGUGAACCUGCACCUCGGACUCUGAGAACAUCAGUUAAAGUUUCAAAUGUGGCUUGUCCAUCUUCACAGCCUGCUGGAGGGCAGAGUAAUAUCCUGUUCGGUGAAGAACCAGUUAUGAAGACAGCUAAGAAACUACACAACCAGAAGUUUCAAGAGUUGACUGGUAACGAUAUAUUUAAAGGAGACGCUCCACCGGGUUCGUCUGAGAAAUCACUGAGCUCAGCCAAGCUAAGGGAGAUGAGCGGCAACGACAUCUUUGCUGACGGGAAGGCAGAAUCGAGAGACUACUUCGGAGGAGUUCGUAAACCGCCCGGUGGAGAAAGCUCCAUAUCCUUGGUUUAAUUUUAGUUACUAACUUGCAUUGCAUUGAAAUGUUGGACAUUAUUGUCAAGAUGUGUUUCUACUUGAACUUUUAAUGUUAUUUUACUGAUCAAUUGCACUUUGAAGCCUAUGACGAAGCCUAUCACGAGAGACUUGACUUGGUUAGCCAAAGGUUGCUGUGUGCUCUGUUUAAAAUCUCUAGUUUUGAUAGUAGGAGUUCCAGGCGUUGACUUGAUUGAUUGUUGUCUACUUUUCUUUUAACUUUUUGCUUUAUGAAUAAUUCAUCUAAAUUUUUUUU